CAGCCCAUAGAGGUGGAGAGGGUUAAAAUAGCCCUCCUCACGACAUUUCUCUCUCAGACUCCAUCACCUGCUCGUUUUGGUUGCCUCUGCAUGGCGCCUGUUUGACACACCUCCUUGGGUGUUCCUCAUCUGUCCUGCAGGAUUCACAGGGAGAUUUAUGCUCCAGCAGCCCCUCUCCCCAGGCUUCCUGCACCUGCCGCAUGUCACCCGAGCCCCGUCGUUUACUGCCCUGUGCCGAGGUGUUGACUCAAGCGGGUGGGCUGUUGUCGGUCAUGAUGAGGGUCCUAGGAGAUUGAGAGGAGCGGAUCUCCCUGAUUGAGACUCAUUUGGGGAGACCAAGGUUUAGGCAAAGUGCCCCACUGAGAAGGAGAACAGGGAUCUGGGCCAUCUCAAACUCUCUGCCCAUUAAUUCAAUUUGUGUCAGAAAUCAGGAAUGCGGUCAAAUAUCUAUGCAGCUGCUUUUAGGCUAACUGGGGAGUGGUCUGGGACAUUCAGCCACUUCCCUCCAUCAUCCCCUUAACUACCCCAUUACCUCUCUUAUUCCCCUGCCUCGUCUAUCUAUAUAUCCAUCUGUCCACAGGCGACAGCGAAUGGAAAACGUCAGUCCAUUUGUCCACUGAAUGCAGUUGAUUUGUGCUUAUUGUAAAGUAGUAAAGCAGAAGAUCUAAUGUGAAUGAAGGAAUUUGGCCUGGUUUAAUCCUAACACCAUGGACCAUAGAAUUGAAGCUUCAGUGAUUUUUAAAAAACUGUCAGGUAUUGCAUAGGGGAAUGUAAGGUCUUCCUAGGUCAAAUUUCAUUAAUUCCUGUUGAAAACUCAAAAGUUUACAACCCAAACCCACACGUGAAUUCAUUGAAUAAACAUCCUAACAUGUGUCAGUGAAGUCUAUUAGGUGAGUUACUAAAAUGAAGACCAUGAAAACAAAUUGAUUAAUGAAAUCGAUCUUAUAACAAAAGCGUUGCAAUAAUAAGUUAGUAGAAUAGUAGAAGAAGUAGUAGAAGUAGUUGAAACAGAACAGUAGUAGCAGUAAUAAUAAGUAUAACUGUGACUGAAAGGACAUUGUGCCAAACCAUAGAAACAAAACUGAGUCAAGGAGACACUGAGACUGUCAAACUGAGGAGAGAUUAAUCCCUGGAGACUGCCCUAAAACAAGGGUUAAAGGUCAAUGCGUCUGGCUGUAGCAGUAUGUCAGAAACAAGUGUGGAUUAGUUUAACUUGGUCAUUUUAUCUGAUAGUAUCGAUAUUACGUUUAACUGUCACCUGAAGCUAAAUCUGCUGAAUAGUUCAUGUUUAGUUUGGAAAUGUACAUUCCUUUUUGUAUAAAUGUGCUUUGUGUGGCAUUUUCCCUUGCUUGUACCAGAUGUUCUCACAGUGAAGAAGCAUGACUUAAUGCUGGAUUUAAAUGAAUUUUCUUCUUAAUAAAAGCAGUCUGUGUGCUGUCAUUGCAGGCUGGCAGAGUGAUGCAGUGCUGGCACUUUUGGCUGGGCCUGAUUCUAGUGCCUACUGCAUGUUUACUCAAAGACUUUGCUUGGACCGCCACGCGGCGCACUGUGAAGAAGUCCCUACUCGAGGAAGUGCAGGAGUUAGAGGCCAGAGCUGUGGACCCAGGGGCCGCUGUUCUCAGGGAUGCCAGUGGCCGAAGUCUAAACGAACGGGCCCAUCUGCUGACAAGAGUAUUUAGAAAAACACCUUCAAACAUGGGACGCUCCAACUCGGUGCAGCAGACUGUGUCACAUGGGUAUGCCUUCUCUCAGGAGGAGCAUGGUGUGGUGUCCCAAUCCCAGGUGGUGCGCUCCUAUGACACCACACAGCAGCGCCCGAGCAUCUAACCUGCUCCCCUGCUUUGUAGCAACAUGUCCCGGCGACAUCAGACUGCAAACGUCAGCUUCCCGCCGAGUGACUGACCCUGCCGUGGCCUUAUUGGACAAUGAACUGACCUCAGAACAGAUUGUCAGACGCAGAGGCCAUCGCAGAGCAUGGAGGACUGAUCUGAGAGAAGGAAAAAGUAUAUCCUAUCCUUUAUGUUACAUGAGCUGCACUGGCAUGAGCAAUCCUAUUCAUACACCAACAUAAGUCAAGCCAAGAGACUGCUUCUCAUAUUUACGCACAAACUGGUCCCUUAAGUGUCUGCGUGUGUCUGUGCGGGGCAUUAUUCUCUCCGCAUGAGUGUCUGCACGCAUAUACCGCUGUCUGUCAUGUGUACUUCCAUUGGAGCCUCUCAUCUUGUGAAGUUUGUUUUAAAAUAAAUUGUCAUCAUGUGUUGACACCAUAAUGAACUGUUGUCUGAUCCAGCAUGCGCGCACACACACUCGCAGACAUGAAGGCACAUCAUCCUUUUAAAUAAGAAGGGAACAUGGACAUGAAGAUGGCUGGAGCCCUCUGUCCCAUAACAGCAGCGAGCCUCACUGCCAAACACUACAAAGAUGUCACUGAGGCAGAACGCCGACCAGACCCCCAUCCUGGCCCCCUCCUACCCCUCUGGGACCUCGAUACUCUACACAGGAGCAACCUCUACCAACCUCUGUCUCAACAUGCUGCUCAUCUGCUGGCCAGUUUUAGACCUCUACAUUAACACUUAUUUUAUUCUGUGACCACUCCUGUGAUUACUGACGCUGCAUCGUUAUGAGGCUUCCUCAUUUUUGGUUCUCCUGGAUUCCCUAUUAAAUUAUUUUUUAUUAAAUGGACAUCUGUAUGUGUUUAUAAGUUUGUCUCUUUUGAAUAAUGCCUGUUUUUGUACUACUCAGACACAUCCUGGAGGGAAUAUUUUACUUGAAUUUGUGCUAAUAGGCUAAUAGGCCCUCUGCAUCAUGUGUUUCUGUCUCACUCUGGAGAUCAUUGUUUAGCUGCUGCCUGUUGAAGAAUGAACACUAAAGGAGAUGUAAGGGGAUGGGAGGUGGAUGUCCAUCCAAUUCCUAAUUAUUAAAUUUAAUCAAUCAAUGUGA